UCCUUAUUUUAAAAACUUUUAUAGGAAUUGUGACAUGAAUUCUUCCAAGUCCAUUGCUCCAAUGAAUUAUUUCGAAAAGUUGCCAGAAGGUUGCAUAUUUGAGAUUAUUUCACGUACAACUCCAGCAGAUGCAGUAAGAUCAACAAUUUUAUCAAAAGGAUUCAAGGCUGCUAUACAAUCAGAUGAAAUUUGGGGAAGAUUUUUGCCUUCUGAUUAUCAAGAAAUAAUUGGUAGAUCAGAAUUUCCUCCUGUUUGCAACACCAAAAAGGAGCUUUAUUUUAGCAUGUGUGAUUCUCCCAUUCUUCUUGAUGGAGGCAAACUGAGUUUUUCACUUGAUAAGCAUAGUGGGAAGAAGUGUUUUAUGAUAGCACCAAGAGAGCUUAUAAUUUCGUGGGGCGAUAGGUCAUCCAUUUGGAAAUGGAGGAAAUACAGCAAUUCCAGAUUCUCAGAAGUGGCACGUCUUGUCUCUGUACGUUGGUUGGAUAUUCGUGGAAGAAUAGGAACAGAAAUGUUGUCACCAAAGACAAAUUAUGCUGCUUAUUUGGUGUUCAAAUUGGUAGACCAAAAGUCCUUUGGACUGGAAUCUACUAAUGCAAUCAUUAGGUUUGUUAAUUAUGAGACCGACUCUGAAACUGAAAAACAAGCCAACACAGUGCAACUUGAAACAUUGCCCCAAGACAGAAGGAUUUUUGGAGGAAAUCAUAAUCAACAGAUUAUAGCAAGUGGGAAAAAAUCCAAAAAUGAGAGGAGAUGGAUGGAUGGAAGUAGAAUUGGGAGAUUUUAAUAGCAAGGAAGGUAUUGAUGGACCUGUUGAAGCAAGAUUGAUUGAGAUUAAACGUCUUCAUCCAAAAGGUGGACUCAUUGUUGAAGGAAUAGAGUUUCGUCCCAAAAUAAUCGAAUACAAGUUAGAGGCGGAUAUAGAAUUUUAAGUUUAUGAGUUCUGAACUAUAACUUUUUUUGCUUACUGGGUUCGAGAUAUAUUUCUUUAUACUUAUUGAUUAACUGAAUUUCUUAGUACAAAUGCAGGGUUUGAGUCAAAGUUACUGGGUUCUCGGAACUCGUAGCUCCAUUAUGGCUCCACCCCUAGUUAUUAUAAUGUAGUUGAACUGCGCACAAGUUUGGCUCGGACACCAUGGCUAUUUUAAA